AAUGCUACUUCUCUCCUCUCUUAGUGACCAGUCAUAUGUGAUUGGCUUUGUGGUGCCCAAUCAAAAGCAGCUGACAGUGCUGGCGGAGCAGAGAGGGUUACGGGGCAGCUGGGAGGAGAUCUGUAACAACCCUGACAUGGAAAGAGACGUCCUCCGCAUCAUCACAGAGGCUGCAUUGUCAGCCAAACUUGAGCGCUUUGAGAUCCCUAAGAAGAUCCGUCUUAGUGCAGAGCCCUGGACCCCAGAGACUGGCCUGGUUACGGACGCAUUCAAACUCAAACGCAAGGAGCUCAAAUCACACUAUCAGGAAGACAUCGAGAGAAUGUACGGUGGCAAGUAACACACACACUCUCUCUGAGACACACACAGGUAAAGACAUAUGCAAGGAAUCUAAAAAACACUACCAAGAUGACAUGGAGACUGGAGAGGAUGUACGGCGGCAAGUUAA